AUUUUUUUUUAAUACUUCCUCAUUCUUUUAUGUUAAGGGGUCCCUUUGAACAAGUCACCCCAUCAUACUAUACUUAACAUACUUAGUUAAUGUCAUUCUUUCCAAGUGCAAUACAAAAAAGAUGUUACACUUGUUUUUUAUAUAAUUAUCGUAAAUAUUAAAUAUGCUACUGGGUAACGCGUUCCAUCUAAUGUAUUUUGAUACAACUUCCAUUAAGGAAGUAUCAUCUAAGUUAUUGAAAUGCUAAAACUUUUUUAAUUACAGCCAACAAAAACCAUAACACGAACCGAUGCAUACGUAUGACAAAAAACAACAUGGACAAAAUCGAUGAAAUGGUGGUAAAAAUAUCUGAAUACUUGUACAACAUUUCUGUCGAAUACGAGACAUUCGAUAUAAACCUUAUCGAAUUAUCAAUCGAUGCGCAUACAAACGACGAAGAGAACGCCGAAAUGAACGUAAAAGUCAACAUCGACGAUUGUGUCAAUGAAAACGAACUUGCAAAAAGCGCGGGAAAGCAAACGGAUGGAUUGCAAAAUGACGCCAAUGUGCCUUCAGUGCUACUAAUAGAUAAUAAAAAUAAAUAUAUAGAGAAGGCUUCAGAUGUAAACGAAUGGCCGGAUAACGAUGGCAGACCAGUUUUAAUUAAUAUAGAUUUGGAAACAGCUAGCAAAGAAAUGGCUCGCGCUUUCGAGAAAAGAAAAGGAAGUAACAAGCCUGUACUGUUACAUGUAACGAAAUUGCCGGGGAGAAAUGAAUAUGUGUUUUUAAAUAAAUGAUGAAACUAUUGGGUAUAUAUAUAAAGAUGGCGCUGUUUGUUAUUUGAGGGUUUUAUUUAUUAAUUUUACACUUUUUUAUAUACCCUUUUUUUCUAAUGUAAUCCUUUAGAUUAGACAUAUUAAAUAGGACACUUACCUAAAGACGCAACAUUAUGAACAU